AAUAACUCUUUCCGAAUUUGAAUUCAGCGAGAAUUAUUUGACAUCGAUUUCCCGGUCAUUCCUUGUUAUUUUGCGACGGCUUGCCUACUCCACAGCAGGGGUCAUCACCAUUUUGAGCUAUUUUGAGCCAUUUAUCGCUAUUAUCAUUCGCUCUAAAAAGAAGAUAGCUCAAAAUUGCCUMAAACUCAACAGGAAUACAAAGAAAACCACAGUAAAUAGGUCGAGAUGUUUAUUUUUAUCAAACUUAACAUAUUUCGCAAAAUUACUAAAAGCGGUUUUUGGGCUACCUGUGAUUUCACCUGAAAGGUCAUGUAUACAACAAACACAGACAGAGUAACACCAUACCAUGUCUGGAUGAUUUAACAAUUUAUAAUGUAAUGUUUAAAGAAACACUUAUAUUCUUAUUGAAGUUUUUGUACAUGGAGCAACUUACUAGUAAGAGGAAUCAAAAAAAAAAAAAAAAAGAAAAAAGAAAAGAAACGAUGUGCGUACAUUUAUAACAUUUGGGCUUCCUGUUGCACAUAUGCGACGUUAUAGUGAGAUAGGAAUGCAAUGUCAGAACUUCAUCGCCGAACCAAUCAGAACAAAGGUUGUCCAAGUGUUGAUAUCAACAGUGAUUUCUAGCCUCCUCCGCAGGCAUCACUAAGAAUCACGGGCUUCCUGUCUUUUUGCUAUCUCGUCACUAGUCCCUAACGGUCAAAAUGACCGUUACAAAGGAAGCCCAAAGGAGGAAAAAAGAGUUGCCUGUGGAGGAGGCUAAGUGAUUUCAGUGUUUGUCUUUUAGCAUUCAUCAUAAUAACCACCUCUGAUGAUCAAGAAUUAAUACUAUACGUAAUGAAAGCCUAAAAUGUGAACUGUUCUCAAGAUUAUUCACACCUAACGGAAAGCUGAAACAAAGAGACAAAACUCACCCAAAUCAUGUAGCUCAAGAGCAGAAAUUGUUAGAAGAUUUUAGUUUGAGGAAAUAAAUCCAKCCUUGCAUUGACUUAACCGCUAUCUUAUCCAAACCGAAUUUGCUGAUCGCGUCGCUGAUGGGGACGACAAGGUUAUCACUUUAUUAAAAGAGGUUAGUGGAAUUCCGCUACAUGAUUUCAAUUUCUGCUGGUUUUUAAAGCUCAGUUUAAGAGAUGCGACCUCUUGUAUUUCAAGGCCUGUUGAUGCUAAGUAUGUAAUUUCCAGACGAAUAUGCCCAGAAGCAAAUUCACCAAAUUAAACAGAUGGCUAUGGCAAGUCCUGAUAAGUUUAGCAAAGAACAAUUGAACUAUUUUCGGAUUUGUCACGUGACAGCUCACGUGACUGAUGGCCUUCGUAAAGUGUUCAAACAAGAAUGGGAUGCUCGCUAUAAGACAUCGCAUGGUGAAUGGAAUGACACUGCAAAAAAUGGAAUUGAUUUCUACAGCCUGACACCAACAAAAGAGCAAAAGACGAAAGCAAAAGAACUUUCUAUCAUUAGAAAUGGGAACACUAUGGAAUGGGACUGUACGUGUCUGUUUUAUGCAAUACUUUACUCUAAGUGUAUUGGAAAGAAUAAGCUUGACCCAAAGGUAAAGAAAGCUGUUGAUGACCUGAGACAGUAUCGAAAUAAAUUUGCCCACACACCUAAAUGCAAAGUUACUGAUGCAGAUUUCCAGGCUUCAGUACAAGAUGUAAUCAACGCUUUCCAUGAUUUGAAACUUGACACAAUUGCCAUCCAAAAUAUGAAAUCCCAAACAAGUUUUCAAACGGAGGAGCUUGAGAAAAUCCAGGWACAGUUGGCUAAAGAGAAAAGACGCAACCAGGAGCCACAGACAUUUUGUGAUUUGCCACCAAAGCCAUCACAUGAAGUCAUCCCACGCUCGAGUGAAGUAGACAUAAUAAUGAAAGAGAUGAAAACUUUGCAAAGCCGCCAUCCAAACGAGGUGACACAUGUCUACUUGUCAGGAAAUCCAGGCUGUGGAAAAAGUGAAACAGCAAGACAAAUCGGAGAGAAAUUUUUUGAUGAAACUGAGAGUGCUUCGUCGAAGACUUUCGUUGCUACACUUAAUGCAUCAAGUUUGGAGUCAUUACUAGGAUCGUACAUCGACUUUGCUCAUCAGCUGCGAGUAGAUGAAGAAUACAUUCAAAAUAUUCUAUCAUCGAAGACACAUUCCCAAUCAGAGGACAAAAUUUUGAUGUUGAUUGGAUGGAUCAAUACCAAGUUAAACUUAUUUCCAUCGUGGUUGAUAAUAGUGGAUAACGUGAUCGAUCUAAAAAAGUCCUCGAACUUUUUCCCUCAUUUAGGGGAAAAAGUAACUGCAAAGGCACAGGUCUUGGUGACUACACAAGACGGGCCAUCAAUUCCUCUAGCAAGUMCUAAAAUCUACCACRAAACUCUAAGUGAAGGAAUGAAGCCUGAUGACGCCGUUAAUGCUCUUUGCUCCAUCUCACAGCAAUUUCAAGAUAAAGACGUGGUGUUUGAAAUUGCAAAAGCCCUUGAUUAUCAACCACUAGCCCUUGCCUGCACUGCAGUCUACAUGAAGUUCAUCCGCAAUAAAAAUUGGUCCAACUGUCUGGCAAAGAUCAAAGAAGGAAAACGUGAACGAACUGAAAAACCCUACCUCGAUACAUGCAGUCAGGUCUAUUCACAAUCGAUGACAACAGCUGUGAAGAUGGCUUUAGACAGAGUGGUCACAGAAGAUGAGGUCAUGAUGAUUGCAUGUCAGUUUUUGUCGAUGCUUGCGAAAGAUCCAAUACCAAUAAAGUACGUUGUUCAAUACGUUAUCAAAUGCAUGCCUGACGAAGACGAGGAUUUGAUAGAAUCUCACAUCGAGCGC